AUGGCUGGUCCCUUAUUACGAAUUCUUAUUUGUUUAAAACCAAAUAAAUUUCAUCGUAUGCAAAUCGCUGCUCGAUACCGUAUUCUUGACUUAUUAAAACAAAUUGCGCAAGACUUGCAUUUAACAGUAGAUCAGUUACUCCAUAUUUCUAUUUAUCGCAAUGGACCUAAUGGCUGCUCAUUACUCUAUCCGAUGAACAAUAGUUUCAAUAGCGCACACUAUGAUGUGUCUGUUACACUUGACAAGUACGGUUUGUCGAGUGACGAAGAAUUGUACAUUGAUUUAAGUGAACUUAUUCUUUGUCAACAACAAGAUAAUGAUGAAAUCUCAACUAAUGAUAAUCACACGGCCAGUGCUUUUGAUAAGUCGGACUACUUUCAUCCGACAGCAUCAUCGGUACAUACAUCGGAUUCGUUGACGUCAAGUUCUAUUCCGGCGAAGACAACCAAUAAUUUAUCAACAAAGAAGUCUCUCAUCGGUCAACUUAUACGAUUUGCUGUGCCGGCUGAUCAUAGUUGUUUAUUUUCAUCGAUUUACUUUGUUCUACAUUCAGGAAAAUUAGAUUUAGAAUCCAAUAAAUAUCUACGAAAUUUAGUGGCGAAUAAAAUCGAAUCGGAUCACAUCACCUAUUCAGAAGCCAUGCUCGGCCAAACAAAUUCCGAAUACUCGAAAUGGAUUCGAAGAGACGAUUCAUGGGGUGGUGGUAUCGAACUAGCAAUACUGACACAAGAAUAUGAAAUUGAAAUUUGUGUUAUUAAUACCGAAUGCGGAGGACGAAUUGAUUACUUCGGCGAAGAUCGACAUUUUCCCUAUCGGGUUUUUCUUUUGUAUGACAAUUUACACUACGAUCCUGUAUAUUUGGUUACAUUUGAUGUUGUUCAACAGAAAGAACUGAUCCAAACGAAAUUUCAUCAUAACGAUGAAGAAAUUCUGGCCCUGGCAAAAGAUCUCGCUCAGCAAUAUAACACAUCCACCACUGAUGAUAUCCCGCAAUCCACCUCGUUUAAAAAGACUUCAUCGGGAACAAGUAGUGAAUCCCAUUUAAUGCAUAUCAAAAUUUGA